AUGUCAAGGCGCCUGCUGUUCAUGCCAGGAUGCCCUGGGCGCCCAGACAGGGCACCAGGUCUAGGCACUCAUGCGCCUGGUUGGGCUUUCGAUGAGAUGGAAGCUCCAUUAGGCGAGGCUGAUCGGGGAGUAAGCAUUGCAGAAUCCGUACCUCUAGGUAUUGGGCAAGGGUCGAUGGGCGCGAAGGAGGCGUCGACAACUACUAGGCAUGACCAGGCAGGUACGUAG